UGGCUCACGUGCACCAAACAAAUCACAGACGGUAGGUUGACAUUUUUGCAGUCUGAUGGUUUCUGUGCAGAACAACAGAGCAGACAGGCCCUUAAAAAACACCUAACGUCUUAUCAACAUCUAUUGGGCGCAAGGUGGACAACAUCUGGUGAGAAAUGGCAGAGGGAGGCUUUGAUCCUUGUGAGUGCAUCUGCACCCAUGAGCACGCUAUGAGGCGCCUCAUCAACCUGCUCAGGCAAUCUCAGUCCUACUGCACAGACACAGACUGCCCUCAGGAACUGCCAGCUCCCGGUGGGUCGGUGGGCGGAGGAGGUGAGCUGACCCUCCCCCUGGUUCUUAUGGGAUGGGCGGUGGUUGCUCUGCUCCUUUUCCUGUUGAGGCCUUCCAGUCUCAGGCGUUCCCGUCCCACAGGCAAAGCCUCUGGACCCCACAAUAGAGAUGGAAGAGAGCCGCCAGCACCACCUGUUGACUAACAGUGGAGAGUACAGCACUCACCCACCAACUCUGACCAGAGCUACACAGUUAGCAAGGGACCGUGACCAGGACAGUGACCCCUCCCCUUUAUUCAAAUAUCUUUUGCUUUUCUACUAUUUUAGUGCCAUUCAAUUUUGGGGUGGAUCUGUCUAUGAUUCGUGCUACUAGAGCCCAACUGAUAGACAAUUGAUGAGUCCAAUACAGAUAUGAUAUUUCCAAUUUACAAAAGGUCUAAAAAUGUAUACCAAGGGACAAAGGUGUAUCAUUUUGACCAAUAAUAUUGACCGACAAUAUCAGAAUGUUGAUAUAACUGUUGGGCUCUAUGUGUUAUUUACCUCAAGUCUUUAAUCAGAAGAGAGGCUUCCUUCUAGGUUCCUAAUCUCAGCUCAGAUGCUGACUGAUCUGCGGUUACAUGAACUCAAAAUGAAGGAACAUGGGUUGGUGGAUCUGUGAGGGGAGGUUACAGUUUGGUAGAAUUGCUUGCUGGAUUAUAGAGGGUGGCGGGUUCUCUGAAACAUUCCGCUCUUUCCCCUUUCAAGAUACUAGUCCAAAAGGUUCCAGUUACGAUGUCAUGUUACCUAAUGUUAUUUAAGCAUAUUCAAACAGCAAUAUCAUUAGAUGGAAUAAAUUCAUAUGGAUGCAUUUAAUUUUGAAUUAGGUUUACGAUUAUAUGGCAUAUGGAUUUAAACGCAGUGAACUCAUGUUCUCUGUUUAUAUCCAAGCCUUAAUUAUAUAAUGUACUUCAGCAAAUAGUCUGCUCUCUUACAUAACUUCAUUUCCAGCAACAUUUCUGACCAUUGAAGUAACUGUUACUGUUACUAAAUAGGUGUAUAAGACAGUGCUCUCCUCUAAAAGAGUCUGAUUUAGAAGAUGAAACCCAACUUAAGUCAAACUUAUGACAUGUUGUUGAAAUUAACUGAAUUAUAGGCGUACAGUUGGGGUGUAUUGAAUGGAAUCAUUGGUAAACAGUUGACUCGGCACAAACAUUUUGAUCCCUGUACUGUAAUUAUUUGGUGGUUAAAAGAUAAAAGCAGCAUUGUGUGCUCGAAUAAUAGUAGCAGAGAAUUAUAUUUUAUUAGCACUUUUGUUGUGGUAUGUUGUUUCCUUAUGAGGGUGUGUUGUACUGAUUCAGGAGUUUUCUUACCGGGUAUCACAGCGUUCUGAUUUAAUAGGAGCAAUCUUAAAUUUAUACUACAACUUCUGUACAAUAAUUUCAAACCAAUUAAAAAUAAGGAAGCAACUGACAAUAUUAUAUUUUUAAUUUGAAAUGAUGGCUUACAUUACAGAUUUUCUUUCUUACUGGAUUUGGUCAUUUCUCUUGGACCAGAGCUCUACUAGAAUAGUGAUUUUAUACAUUUUUUCAGCUAGAUUAAAGGUGAAUAUGUUUAAAAAUAGAAACAUCUAAAUCAGAACAAUAUGGUGGUGGAUGUUUUGUUUACAUGUAUGUGAAGGUGGGUAAAAAUGUAAUACAACUGCUCGACAAACUGCAGCCUCGAAAGAUGUACAGUCUUUGAUUGAAAAAAAAAAUCAACAUUACAAUAGGUUUUUUGUAUGUACUAUAUCUUCUAUUAGCUAUUGGAUUGUAAAAUAUAUGAUAAAGGGUUUCCUUUUAUUCUGGUCACAGACUAUCUGUGUCACACCACUGUCAUAGCUAUAUGGAUAUUAAAGUGUAAAUGGGCAGUGGAUUAUCUUGGGUCCCAGUGAUAUCAGAAAAUGAAAUGGAGAUAUUCUUAAAAUUAAAAUGUCUUUCUUGUUGCAUUGUGUAUGAAUUGUAAGAACAUGGAUAUGAUCUGUAACAGCAUUUUUCAGUGACUAUACUCCUGAUUUCCAUUAGCCAAUAAUGCCCUCUAACUGUGGAUUGCAAAAAGAACUAAGGAUGGAAAAGACAAGCAGUUGUAUAUCAUUUAGGGGAAAGCCAUACUAGAUAGUUGAAAUGACAUAGUGAACUAUCUGCUACCACAGGAGACCUUGAGUUACACUGUUUUUGUCUCAGAGAAAAAGGGCUUUAACUAUGCACUUUUCCCAUAACAAAAUAAAAAAAUAAGUAACUCUUA